AUGGCCGACCAGAUCAAGAUCCGACGACGGCAGAGGAAGGACACCCUGUUGAGCCUAACCCGCGAGAGCAUCACGGCCACGAUUUCUGCCCUCAGCCAAAUGCCCAACAGCAACGUCAACAAUCUGCAGGCCGCGCUGCUGUAUAACCACAUGAAGCCGUCGGGGGCUGCGUCGGCGCUUCAGAAGGCUUCCGAAAUUCCGGCCACCUCAUCUGCAUCCUCGACCUCUAUGCCCCCACCCUCACAAGCGGCCCCGGAUCUGCAAUCGUUGAUUUUGGGG